AUGGUACGCCUGCGCAGGGAGAAAGGUGGGGCAACCAGGCCAUCCCAGACCCAGCCUGGUGCCGUUUCGAAGAACGACUUGAAGGGGAAAGAGGUGAAGGGGAAACGGAAGGAAAAGGACAAGGGCAAGGGCUCGAUAUCGAUAUCGAAGGACGCGAUCCUGGCGCUUGGAGGCGAGGAGGCGGAUAUGGAUCUGUUGAAGGGAGUGGAUGAGAGUGCGGUUGCGGUGUCUGGGCAGGAGAACCAUGAUCCUAUGCUCAGUAAAGAUGUGUCCAAGUUCUUGAAGGGGCUUAACCUAAAGGACAGCCAUCCCCAGCCCCAGCCAAAGAAGAACAAUGGGAAAGGCAAGGAGAAGGUGAAGGCCCUCUCUGAACAACCCUCGACGAAAGAAAAGUCCACGUCAAUAUCAGAACCAGACAAAUCGACAAAACCUUCCAAGAAAACCCAGAAGGAGAGAUCGAAGACGAAGGCGAAGACAUCAUCCGCUACGAACGCCGCCUCCGUCCCUGCGCCCCCCGACCAGCCCAAAACGACCGUAAAGCUCCCUGCGAAAGUUCCCAUCAACCCCAAAUCGCACUUCGUCUUUACCCCGACCUCGCAGUGGUAUGCCGCUCUUCCCGCCCUGCCUCCCCAGGCUCCUCCCCCUCCCCUUCCCACCCCCGCCCAGUUCGCCUCGCUCUCCUCCAAAGCCGCCCAGCUCCAUGCAGCCGACACCGACACCUUCCUCACCUCCUCCGCCGCCUCCUCCGCUUCCGCCUCCGAGGCGUCCUUCAUGGCCAAGAUCAUCCAGUCCGGAACGUUGUCGAGUAGACUGAGUGCGCUGACGCUGCUCGUGCAGAGUAGCCCGGUGCACAACACCAAGGCGCUGGAAGGGUUAAGGGGGUUGGGGGAGAGGGGCAAAGGCAAAGGCGGGAGAGAGGAGAGCUUGAAGGCGCUGAGGUGUGUUGUUGAUUGGUGGGUUGGGGGCGGGGUACCGGGGCGGAAGUUGAGGUAUUUUCGAGAUCAGCCGUUGUUGCAUCCUGGGGUGACGGACGAGUAUUUGGUGGUGUGGUACUUUGAAGACUGGCUCAAGAAGUACUUCUUCUCCAUCCUCCAGAUCCUCGAGACACUCUCCCUCGACCCCCUCCCCUACGUCCGCACCCAGUCCCUCACGCUCAUAUCCACCCUCCUGCGCGACUCGCCGGAGCAGGAACACAACCUCCUGCGGCUGCUCGUGAACAAGCUCGGCGACACCGACAAGGCGCUCUGUGCGCGCGCGUCGUGGCAUUUGCUGCAGCUGCUGCAGAGACAUCCGGAGAUGAAGGGUGUGGUGGUAAGGGAGGUGGUGGGGAUGGUUAUGCGGCCGGGUGCUGGCAUGUCGGCGCCGGCGGAGGCGUCUGCUGCGAGUACGGCUGGGGCAGCAGGAGGAAAGCAUAUCAGGUUUUCUGAGGCGGAGAAACUCAAAACGAAGCCCCAAACGAAACCCAAGGAAAAAAGACCAAGCAACGCACACGCGCGGUACUACGCCGCCGUGACGUUCAACCAGAUCGUCCUCUCACCCGGCGAUCGCGAUGUCGCACUCCGCCUCUUGGACGUGUAUUUCGAGAUGUUCAAGGAGGUGCUGGGCGAGGGGUCCGAGUCUGACGUCCAGGAGGAGGGGGCACCUGCUGCUGCUGAGGAGGUGAAGACGGAUAAGAACGGCCGGGUGCUGGAUGAGAGCAAGGCGAAGGGCAAGGGAAGGAAGGGGGAGAAGGGAGGAGGAGAGAAGAAAGGCGCAGCGGGCUUCACAGAGGUCGAAGACGAGAACUCGCGCCUCGUCUCUGCGAUCCUGACGGGUGUGAACCGCGCGCUGCCGUUCGCGAAGGUGGACACGGAGGAUGCUGGGAUCAACAAGCACAUCGACACGCUCUUUCUCAUCACGCACAAGUCGACGUUCAACAUCUCGCUCCAGGCGCUCAUGCUCAUCCAGCAAAUCACCGCUUCCCUGCUCUCCUCCUCUUCCCCUCCUCCUCUACCACCGCCACCACCACCACCGCAAAUUCCAUCAUCGACAGGUACUACCGCACGCUCUACGCCUCUCUAUACGACACGCGCCUCGCGACCUCCUCAAAACAGGCGAUGUAACGAGAGGGUCAGGGCGCUCGUGAGGCGGUUCGUGCAGGUGCUGGUUAGUGGGGGUGGGGGCGCGACGGAGUUCGUGGCUGGGGGGCUGUAUUUGCUUGGAGAGUUGUUUAGCACGAUACCGGGGUUGAGGCAGAUGGUUACGCGACCACUAACGGAGAUGAAGGAAGGGGGGGAGGAGUACGACCCGAGGAAGAGAGAACCGCAGUUCGCACAUGCAGGGUCGUCGCCUUUGUGGGAGCUCACGUCUCUCCUGAACCACUACCACCCCGCCAUCUCCCUGCACGCGCGCCAGCUCCUCUCCUAG